UGCUGUCGAAAUGCCGCCACUGGGAAAGAUGUCCGAGUUCGACCCGAAAACGCAAAACUUCGAGUCGUACUUAGAGCGUUUUGAACAUUUCUUAACGGCUAAUGAUAUCGCCGACGCAAAGCGCCUUCCCGUCUUUUUGACAGUCAUAGGACCAGAGGCUUACGAAGUACUGAGAAGUCUUGUUGUGCCGGCUGCCCCGGGAGAAAAGUCAUACGCAGAAGUUAAACGCCUCCUGAAGGAGCACUACAGCCCCAGGAGUUCCGUUAUAGCAGAACGAUGCAAGUUCAACCGGCGCAUACAACAGGAGGGCGAAAGCGUGGAGGGGUUCAUCGUGGAACCUAAACAUUUAGUCAGGAAGUGUGACUACGGUGACUUUUUGCAAGACGCCCUCCGAGAUAGGCUGGUUGCUGGCAUACGGAACGAAGAGACCCAGCGCGCCCUGUUUGCUGAACGAGAGCUGACAUUUGAUGGGGCUUGCAAAAUCGCCCUAGAUAGAGAACUAGCGGCGCGAGACACUGAACAACUGCGGGCAAGAGAACGAGAGGCGCUCGUGUUUGUCGUGAAAAGCCGACCACACCAGUAUCAGAGACCAGCUAAUCCUAAGCUUGUCGAAGCCCGCAAGAACGAAAAAUGCGCAAGAUGCGGCAGGGGACACUCGUCGGAAGAAUACCCCGAUCGCCGAACAACACUAGAGCACAACGAAACAGUACCGCCACCCACACAGCAGGCUGUACCCCAAGACUUGGCGGAGUCGCACGUGCCAGCGGCGCCAGCUGCACCCAACUCGGAUGAACAGCCACCACUACGUCGGGGUGCUCGUGUGCGCCGGCAACCGGACUGGUUUAGAUCUGAGGACUUUAGGUAA